AGUUCAGGGAAUUAUCUUAAAUGGCAAAGCGUAAUUACUUUACAUUGAGCGACUUUUUUUGUCAGAAGGGGCUCGAUGUUAGUAAAGGAAAAAAGGAUAGGCAGAUUAAAAAGGUUGAAACGGCAAAGACUCCCAACGAGGGUGUUUUUGCAUUCGGGAAGCGUCGCUGUCAUUCGUUUUCUAUCACCAAUGAUGUGUAUGAUAAUAUCAAGUCACCUCUGUUGUCGGACGACUUCGAGCAGACAAACGCUCAUUGUAAUCGGCUAAAUAGAGAAAUUUUUUGUUUAAACGAUUGUCCAUGUGAUGAUGUGGACUAUAUAAAACAGCUUGAACCAUUUUCCAACAUCAAAACUAUCGCUAUUGUAGGGAAUCUAGCAUUCUCCUCUCGGCAGCACCUAACUAAAAUAUUCACAAAUUCAGGUAUCAAGGUUGUUGCAAAACAUACAACGGCAAAUUGUAUGUUAUUAGGAUGGUGGACUGACGUUUCUACAUUAUCCCAUAAGGUUGGUGAAAAUGUGAUUAUAAUACUCGAAGAGGAUUUUAUGAAGUUGAUAAGUCAUAAAUUGAUGGGACGAUGUCGUCAUAUCAAGUAUCACGACGGUCUGUCGUUGUCGUAUCCAAAUAUUUGCGAAGGUGGCCAGCUCUUGAAAGAUCAAUUAAGGCCCACUCGCAUUUCCCAGAUUUUGGGGCAUCAAGAUGUAUUUGAAUCAUUAUAUAAUUUUCUUUCGUCGCUGAAGCGUGAUGAUGCGGAUCAAACAGCGGAUGGUAACACAAUGAAGAAGAAAACUUGUGUUAUUCUAUAUCCUCCGGGAUGCGGCAUACGAAAUGGAAUUGAACUUAUUUGUAGAGCAAUGGGAUUUUACUGUUGCUAUGCAGAUAAUCCGACCAAUGUAGAAAAUUUUGUUGCUCAAAAAGAACUAAAAUUCGUGUAUGUAUAUCAUCGGGAAACCCUAGAUGCAACUUCCCUGGAGCAAAUAAUUGAAAUUAAUAAGCCUGUGAUCAUUAUGAUAGAGGAUGUUAAUACUAACUUCAUGGUUUUUAUGCGUGAUCAACAAACCGAUUUGAUUACAUCAAGAGGAACCGUUUCUGUGAAUGUCCCCUCGUGGAUUACGAAUUCCGCAGUAUGUAUUACCGUGCCGCCUACCCCGGAUUUGGCAUCACACAUGUUGAUAAGAUCCAUACUCCAAGGUAUAUACAAGGAAAGUAAUAUAGAUGAUGCUGAAGUGGAGGCUGUGGCAAAAAGAGGUACAACGAUUAAUGGAUAUAUCGAUUUGGAGAAAGUAAUCAAUUUUUUGCAAUUUUAUGUUGUGAUCGAUAAACCGUCAAGAGAGACCCUAUAUGAGAAAAAUCAUGCGUCAUAUACAGAUAUCAGCAAUAGUUUUGCCAUUCGCUCUUAUGAAAGAAGCCUCCAAGUUGUGGAACACGCUUACCAAAUAAACAGUCAUACAAAAAUUGACUGGGAUGUAUACGGUGAUGUAGAAGUCCGGAACGUCACUACGGAACAGAAUUGCCCAGCAGACUACAUAAACCUGUGUGAAACGACAUCUAUAUCCCCUAUGAAUGUCGCAAUGGAAAGGUUAUUGAAAAAUGAAAAAUAUAUGGAAAAGCUUUAUAGGAAGGAUCAUAUAGAUCUUAUAAGAAUGAGAAGAAAACUAAAUGCGUUAGUAUAUGGUCCAUGCGAAUGCUAUAGUCUAAUCAACAUCUCAAUGGUAUAGUGGAUAACACACGAAGAAAAUAACACAUUUUUAUGUGUGU